AUGACAAUACCACAUCUUGAACUUUUAGCAUGUGUUUUAGGAGAACGUCUAGCGAAGUAUGUUGUAGAGGCAUUAUCCUUAGACGAAAUUGAAAAACAUUACUGGUCUGAUUCCACCACAGCUCUGUCAUGGAUCAAGCGCAAUGAUCAAUGGGGAACUUUUGUAGGAAAUCGUGUCAAAGAGAUUUGUGCACUUUCAGAGGAAAGUCAGUGGUCUUACGUGCCAAGCCAGUUAAAUCCAGCUGAUAUACCAUCUCGUGGUUGUACCCCUCAUCAAAUUCUAAAGAAUUCAUGGUGGGAGGGUCCUAACUGGUUAAAGAAUCCGAAGUAUAGUUGGCCACGCCUUGAAAUUAAACCCAAUGAGGCAUUAAUUUCUUCCGAAAUCAGAAAGAAAACUGUAGUAUUAAACGUUAGUGUGAGUACUGAUACAUCUAAGUGGUAUGAAAAAUAUUCUAAAUUUUCAGCAAUUGUAAAAAUUUUAGCAUGGGUUCUAAGAUUUAUUAGAAGCUGUAAGGCAAAAUCUGUAAAUAGAGCAAAAUUCUUGUCUGCAGCCGAGUUAAAAGAUUCAAAAAACACUUUGAGUCUACAAGUUCAACGUGAAAGUUUUUCUCAGACUGGAGAUGUAAUAAAUGGUCUUUCAGUCGUCAGAGAUGAAAUAGGACUGAUAAGAGUGAAAACAAAGAUUCUCGCAAGAGAUGAUGAAUUUGGAUUUAAAUAUCCAAUUCUACUUCCGUCAAAGCAUCAUAUUGUGCAAAGUCUAGUGCUCGAAUACCAUAAAAAGAAUUCUCAUGCCGGUGUUCAAAUGCUCAUGUCAAUGAUUAGAGAAGAAUAUUGGAUUAUUUCAGCUAGACAAACAAUUAGAUCAAUAAUCAAGAAAUGCAUUACCUGCAAGAGAUUCACAACAAAGUCACCUUCAACCAUACCUAUUCAUUUACCUUUAGACAGAGUACGGGAAGCUCGAACUUUCGAAGUCACCAGAAUUGACUUGUGUGGUCCCCUUAUUCUUAGGAAAAGGACUAAAGCCUGGGUGGUGCUGUUUACAUGUGCAGUCUACAGAGCAAUACAUUUGGAGAUCGUGACAUCCUUAAGUGCAGAUUGCUCAUGGUGGAGCGGUUGGUGGGAGAGACUAAUUCGCAUAGUUAAAAUUCUACUUGUUCGAGUUCUUGGUAAGUCGUCUGUUACGUAUGAGGAACUCCUCACAGUUCUUUGCGCCGCAGAAGCCACCGUUAACAACCGCCCGUUAACAUACAUCUUCAACGAUGCAGAUGAGUUGAGGCCUCUAACACCAUCCAACUUUCUCCAAGAUGUAAAAGAGAUUGGAACGGCUGAUCUUGAUGAUUUGGAUAGGAACAAACUGGUAAAGAGAGAACGUUAUUGCCAAGAACUACGUGAACAAUUCAGGCGACGAUUCCGGAAAGAAUACUUAGGUCAGUUGGUGCAAAAAGCUGGCACAUCUGACAAAAUUUUCAAAGUUGGAGAAGUGGUCCUUGUUGGCCCUGAACACCAAAAGAGACUUAAUUGGCCACUUGCAGUGAUUGAAGAACUGUAUUCUGGGAGAGACGGCCAUGUGAGAGUCGUCAAAGUCAAAACUCCACUUGGUCAUCUCGUUCGUCCAGUCAAAAAAAUUUACCCUGUAGAGGUUAAUUCUUCUGGGGAUCCCAUUAUACCAGAUCAACAUACUACUAAUGACCCACCAGCAACAUCACAGAAUGACAUUCCAAUUCAGAAUGAUGUUUCAGCAGCUCCUCGGACGUCAAGAAGCAGCAGAGUAAUCAAGAUACCUAAGAGAUUGGGCUACUGA